UUGUUUAGGGAGCAGAACCGCCUUGUUGCACAGUCUUAGCCCGGUCCUAGUAAACGAAUAGGUACUUUUGUAGACAAGUUGUAUUCAUGUUUAGGUAGCGUUGUUAUUUAGAUUAUGUGUUAGUAUUGACAUUGUGGUUUUAAGGAUAUAGAUGGGAUGACAGAGGUAGAUAGGAUCUUUGAACCAGUACUGAAGGACAGCUCAUGUAGGUAGGCCCGAGCGAAGCACUGUUGAUCGCGGUCGCCCACUGUAACGCGAGUGACGUUUUAUUAGCCCUUGCUAUUGCGGCAAAUAUUGGUACCUUUAUCUGUUGCAAAUAAAGCUAGAUGAAGGCAUCUCUUGGAUUGUGGUAGUAGGGUAAUUGUAUCAUGUUAAAUACACAUAGCAACUGCUUUCUUUUCUGGUUUAAAGACAUGUUUUUUAGCUUUUCUACUUUUUUUCUAGGCUCUUCGGCAGAAUGGUUGUCAUACCAUUUGAAAGAGUUGCUCUCCACAAACUGGGUAACGUCGAGCGGACGGACUGCGAACGAAACCUGAAGGAAGCCAAGGAAAUGGCCAGCCGGGAAAUUGAGCAAGUCAUUGCUCUUCGCAAGAAACUGGCAGUGGUUGACAGUGAGGGGAAGCUGAGACCAUCGCCAGCCUUCCUCCAGGAUAUGCCGGGGCUUGUCGCAAAGUUUGAGGCCAUCAUGCCAAACGAUGAGGGACGCUCAGCCCGCAACUAUGCCACUAUUGCACGGAUUGUUUUGGGGUUGUUACAGAUUGCCGGGAUGGAAGAUGAGGAGGAGCCCUUUUGGCAGUUUGUCACAGACAAGAUCGGUCCCCAGAUCAGAGGGAUGCAACAGCGUGCAGGAGUAGCAGGGGUUCCUGCGACACCACAGACCUCAGCAAACUGGCUAUCACUGGUGUUCCAGGCACUCCAAACCCUGGACAGAUUGGACGUAAGAUGAAAGUCUUAUAAUUACAGUCAUGUUUUCUUAAGGGAAGUUAUUUUCUUUCAUUGGUGUUGAAUGUAAACCAGUCUGUGUGUAAGUAAAUACUAUGAAUGGAUAUUCAUAAUCCCCGAGCAGAUCCACAAUAUUGUUGCUUGUGCAAAUGUCAUCAUGCUUAAUCUGCUAGAGUGAACAUGUUUAGUGAAAUGUCUCCUCUUUGGUCACUGAUUGUGACUGUUUUUGUCAUCAUGAAAUGACAAAAGGAAUAUGAAAACUACAUCAGGGUCAUGUCUGUUCAUUCGUGCCCUCAGUGUUGCCUUGUCAACAUUAUUAGGUUAAGGCAACAUGGUGAGUGCCAAUAGACGGAAUCCAUCGCACCAGCAUUUUCAUCUCCUUAAAGUAUAAAAGGGCACUGACAUUUCAUACACGCAGAAGAGAAAUCUCCCGAACAUUUACACUUCGAUGAAUUAAGCACUGCGGUAUAUAUAAGGGACCAAUAUUUUGUGGGGCAACCUUGGUGUUCUGCACCAGCCAGCAAUGUUCUUCGCUUGUGUAAUAACUUGAAAAUUGUAGAUACUGAAGAUUUUAUGGCUUUGAUAUUGUUUUCUAUAAAUCAUUGUAUGGACAAUGUGUCCAUUUAUCUUAUGUACACUCCAUAUUACAUCUAAUUGUGGCCGUUUGUGAUAGGCUUUUCAAUUUUAUUUGGUCUCCUUUUAGCUGUGUGAGUGGCAUACACGAGAGGCUUGAUAUUUUUUUACCUUGAUUGAGGUCUUGUGUGUUCCCUGCCAAGUUAUACCAUUUUUAAGACUAUUAAAAAGAAUUGUACUGAUUUCUCAGCAUAUAGGUAAGACUUUGUUAGUUAAACAGACACCGCUUCCAGUAGACUAGUAUAGCCCACUACUAUUCUGAGUAAUUCGCAUCAAA